UUUCAUACCAAACCCAUACUUCGCAUUCCACCUUUACUGUCAAACCCGGAGAAAUAUUACUGAAAACAAUAGCACCAAGAUAAAUAUAACUUUAAAGAAAUAAACCUCGUCCUUUUCCUAUCGGUAGAGGUUUUUCCCAAUAAAGAGUAUUGACGGGAGGACGAGAAAGAAACGAGAAUCGUGUUUGGAGAGAUCGAUCACUCCUUUCUUUACGUUAACAGUAAUUGCAUAGUGUGGGGCCUCGUGGCAGGGCCCGGUAGGAGCCGGCACCAUUGCGUCCAACAAGUGGAGUGCAAACGGCAGCCCAGAGCAGGGGCUGGAGGAUGGGGGUGAUGAGCUGGACAAGGCCAUGGACGGAGACGCCGAGGGCGUAUGGAGCCCAGACAUCGAGCAGAGCUUUCAGGAGGCACUGGCGAUCUACCCACCCUGCGGCCGGCGUAAAAUCAUCCUCUCGGAUGAGGGAAAGAUGUAUGGUCGAAAUGAGCUUAUUGCUAGAUACAUCAAACUGAGGACAGGCAAAACCCGCACAAGAAAACAGGUAUCUAGUCACAUACAGGUGUUAGCACGGAAGAAAGUUCGAGAGUAUCAAGCAGGUAUAAAGGAUCAAGCGUCCAAAGACAAGGCUCUCCAGAACAUGGCGGCGCUCUCCUCGGCUCAGAUCGUGUCUCCCCGUCUCAUGAAGACUCCGCCUCUUCCACCUCUGCCGCAGUCCCCUUACCCCCCUAGUGCACGGUUCUGGCCGACCCCCAUUCCAGGUCAACCUGGACCCUCUCAGGACAUCAAGCCAUUUGCACAAGCCCCUUACCCAAACCUGUCGGGACCUGUUCAGCCCCCUUUAUCUUCGCCCCCUUGUGUUCGUCCUCAUCCAGCAUAUGAGCCUCUGGCGCCUCCUCUCCCCCCGGCUGCCACCGCAGUGCCCGUGUGGCAGGAUCGCACCAUUGCCUCCUCCAAACUUCGUCUGCUGGAGUACUCCGCCUUCAUGGAAGUCCCACAAGACCAGGACUCUUACAGCAAGCAUCUGUUUGUUCAUAUUGGCCAGACGAACCCAUCCUACAGCGAUCCUCUCCUGGAGGCUGUGGACAUCAGACAGAUUUACGACAAGUUUCCUGAGAAGAAGGGAGGACUCAAGGAUCUGUAUGAGAAAGGCCCUCAAAAUGCUUUCUUCCUGGUCAAGUUCUGGGCGGAUCUUAAUAAUGGCGGCGUUCAGGACGGACCCGGCUCCUUCUACGGAGUCAGCAGCCAAUAUAGCAGCUCAGAGAACAUGACCAUCACCGUCUCAACCAAAGUCUGCUCCUUCGGCAAGCAGGUGGUCGAAAAAGUGGAGACGGAGUAUGCUCGUGUGGAGGGCGGGAAGUGUUUAUAUCGCAUCCAUCGUUCCCCUAUGUGUGAAUAUAUGAUCAACUUCAUCCACAAACUCAAGCACCUGCCUGAGAAAUACAUGAUGAACAGCGUAUUAGAAAACUUCACCAUCUUACAGGUGGUGACCAACAGGGAAACCCAGGAGACUCUACUGUGUAUAGCGUUUGUAUUUGAAGUGUCGACAAGCGAACACGGGGCACAAUACCACGUCUAUAGGCUCAUUAAGGACUAGCGACUCUACGAGCAGUUCUGUCAGCAGACUUUGACAGGUGCUUUGCACAGUCCCUCCAACAAACAUAUGGAGGAAGAUGCCAAAAUGUUACAAAAACCAAAUGUUUUGCUUCUGCUCUGAUUCUGGUGCAGAGUGUCUUUGAGGAUGUAAAAAAAAAUAUAUAUAUAUAGAAUUACUCUGUUUAAAAAAAAAAAAAUUGUAUCUGUUUUUAAAUGCCUUGAAUACAAAAUGGGUCAAUCUGGCAUUUUUUAUUUUUUUUUUGCAUUUACAGAUCAUUAUAAUGUCUUUUAAACUUUGUCUCCAUUGAGGGAAUGUGAAUGUGUUGAUGGUGAAGAAUGUCUUUUAAUUGUGAAAGACAACGUGUGCUGUUUAUAACCAGACCGGUACAUACAGAACCUUACAGUGAUGUACAAGUGUGAAUCUUACUAAGAAAUGUCCAGGUCAUAUUUCACCUCAAAAUCGAAAAACAAAAAAAAUAUGAAAUUGAGCCUAUUUUGGGAUAAUUACGAUGUCGUUUUAUAUAUAUAUAUAUAUAUAUAUAUAUAUAUAUAUAUAUAUAUAUAUAUAUAUAUACAUACAUGAUAUUUUCAUGACAAAUAAGCACAUUUUGCCCCAAAAUUCUUAUUAUCAUAAUGCAAAAAUCAUGUUUUCUUUACUAAAAUACAGUAAUAACUUUUCUGGACACAUUUAUUAUAAUAAUUUAGAUGAAUUAAAACCAGCAUUAGUUAAAUUCAGUAUAACAAGUACUUGAUGUAUAAGUACUUUACCUUGUGUUAUAUACCACUAUUUUUCACAUUACGGUAAUGAGUCUUUCUUUAUGCAAAGUAUAAUUUCUCGGUUUUGUUUAGAUUUUUUGUUGAACUAUGAUUCAGACUUUUUUUUUUUUUUUUUUUUUUUUUACAGUUUUUAUGAGAUUCACCACUUUUACAAAAGAGGACCAGGGUCAGCGGAAGAGUUAUGUUAAUUUGUUAACGAAGGACAGAUCUACUGAAAACAUUCUACAGUUAAUUCUCAUUUGAACAACAGAACAAGUGUCGGAAACAGUUUUGUAGCUAUGAAAGAAUUUUGAUAAGUUGACCCAAAUGCAGAGUGCCUGUUUUUCAAAGAAUACUAAGUUGAUUGAUACUCUGAAGUGCCUUUUGACUACCUCUUGACUUCGAACACUAGGGAUAGGUAACAUGAACAAUUUCUUUAAACUACAACAUGAUAAAGUAUUUAACUCAGCUGUUAAGCGAAGCUUUCUCAUGAUGCAAUAACUAAGGAAAGAUCAAACGUAAAGGUGGACAUAUUCAAUUGUCAUUCUAAUACAAAGAAAAUAUGCUUCACAAUUGCUGCCCAUGAAUACGAGAUUUUAUACGUUUUUUUUGUCUUUUGAAAUGGAAGAUGUUGCGUUUUUGUCAUACUCUCUGGUGCUUUAAAUCCUCAAACAGUAUGUAUGCAUUUUCUUAUUGAUUCCCCCUCUCAAUUCCACAACUUUCCAGCACCGUGCAUCAUGCUUUCAUAUAUUUCUCAUAAACCAUCUCUUUUUUUUUUCCUGGUGUUAAAGUCUAAAAGGGAACGUCAAUAAUUUCACCUUUCUCUUAGGUGUGCAUUGUUGUUUGUAUGGUUUGGUACUCUUUGAUUCUUUUUGUUCUUUUUACUCUUUGGAUGUAAAUUUGGGGUCAAAUUUCUGUCUUCACCAUGCACCACAUGUUCGGUGUGGUUAUGCCUGAAUUUUUGCAUUAACAUCAAAUGCCAUUUUAACAAGUGCUGAACUUAGAGAGGAUUGUUACUACUGAAAAUGUAACGUUUAUUUUCCCCAUAGUGAAUUAAAAACUUGAAUUUUGCCGAUAUUCAGAUCAGAUUCUACGUUUUCAGUGCCUGUCUUUGAUGGAGCCAUACAGUGUUUUUUUAUUUUGCAAUCCCCUGCAAUGUAAAGGCUGCACUGUUUGUGUCAAAGUGUUUAUGGGAUGGUUCGCUAGACAUGAGAUUGUGCUCGCUGAUACAGUUUUUAUGUCCAAACAUCAAUUCAUAGUUUAGGUAAGAGUUCUGAAGGUACUGCUAAAUCCUGAGUACACAUUUAAAGCAGAAAUGUUAUGUAUAUGGGUACAUUUUUGUUUUAACUUCAAUGACGACAGUUUCCUCAAUUGUAUUUUUUCUUACAGGCUCUUGUUUUUCCUUUUUAUAAUUAUUAUUAUAAUUAUUAAUUUUAUGUUUGCUCUUUGACUUUCGAUUGAUGCCGUAUGCAUACGUUGAAAACUGUGUGUUACUUUUGUUAUUUUAUGCCAUAAUCUAAGUGGUGUUGACAAAAGCUUUCCCCUGUUUUUUAACAGUUCAUUGUGGCCUUGGUUACUGAUUGUGCAUUGCAGUUAUGUAUUGAAUAUCUUUGAUGUUAGGGGUUUGUACAAUAUAAUCAAAACUAUGUAUAGCAAUACCAAUAAAAUGGCAUGGGUCUCCUUGGACCAUAUUUCUUAAAAUACAU